AUGGCCAACCAGAGACCCUCCCUAGAAUCUGAUGUAUACAAGUUUGGAGAGAAAAGUGGGGUAGUUAUGCUGGGGUACUGGGCUGGGGCUAUUCCCUACCACAUGGAGAAAGGUUAUGCUUUCCACAGUUCUAGUCACCCACAGUCAACCAAGGCUCAGAAACAGAUGAUCGUUCUUCUGAUGGAUAACCGGAAGGCUCGUAGUAGCCUAACGUUACAUCACAAUGCCUACAUCAUUCAUCUCACCUCACCUCAUCAUGGAGGCAUGCUAUCAUCUCCCCUCAUCAUGAGAAGAAGGACUCUGCUGUUUGAACAUCAGGAAACUGCAAUCAAAUAUAUGACUGAUGGAUGUUUACUGAAACAUAUUUUGGGAGAUCCAAAUCUUACCAAGUUCAGUGUCAUCAUUUUAGAUGAAGCCCAUGAGAGGACUCUAACUACAGACAUCUUAUUUGGUUUAUUGAAGAAGUUAUUUCAGGAGAAGUCUCCUAAUAGGAAGGAACAUUUGAAAGUUGUGGUGAUGUCAGCAACUAUGGAAUUAGCCAAGCUCUCUACAUUCUUUGGAAAUUGUCCAAUAUUUGAUAUACCUGGAAGGCUUUAUCCAGUCAGAGAAAAGUUCUGCAAUUUGAUUGGCCCACGAGACAGAGAAAAUACUGCAUAUAUUCAAGCGAUUGUUAAAGUGACCAUGGAUAUCCAUUUGAAUGAAAUGGCUGGAGACAUCUUGGUUUUUCUGACUGGUCAGUUUGAAAUUGAAAAAAGUUGUGAGUUACUUUUUCAGAUGGCAGAGUCUGUUGAUUAUGAUUAUGAUGUUCAAGAUACAACUCUGGAUGGUUUGUUAAUAUUGCCAUGUUAUGGAUCUAUGACAACAGGUAAUUCCUCACAAGAGAAAGGAUGCACAUCACAGGAGGGAGGAACUACUCCAACUUUUCCUAUUCAAAAACAAAGAAAAAAGCUUAUUCAAGCUGUGAGGGACAAUUCAUUCCUUAUUGUUACUGGAAAUACAGGAAGUGGUAAAACAACUCAACUACCAAAAUAUCUGUAUGAAGCAGAGUAUUAUCAGAGAUAUGUGGUAGAUGGUGGCUUUGUGAAGCAGUUAAAUCACAAUCCAAGAUUAGGGUUGGACAUCCUGGAGGUGGUUCCAAUUUCAAAGAGUGAGGCGUUACAGCGAAGCGGCCGAGCUGGCAGGACUUCCUCAGGAAAAUGCUUUCGGAUCUAUAGUAAAGAGUUUUGGAACCAGUGUAUGCCUGACCAUGUGAUCCCUGAGAUUAAGAGAACUAGUUUGACAUCUGUAGUUCUGACCUUAAAGUGCCUUGCCAUACACGAUGUUAUAAGAUUUCCCUAUUUGGAUCCACCUAAUGAGAGACUCAUUUUGGAAGCUCUUAAACAACUUUACCAGUGUGAUGCUAUUGACAGGAGUGGCCAUGUGACCAGAUUGGGUUUGUCUAUGGUGGAAUUUCCUCUCCCUCCACAUCUGACAUGUGCAGUAAUAAAGGCUGCUUCUCUGGAUUGUGAAGAUUUACUACUUCCAAUAGCAGCAAUGUUAUCUGUGGAAAAUGUCUUCAUUAGACCAGUUGAUCCAGAGUACCAGAAGGAAGCAGAACAAAGACAUAGAGAAUUGGCAGCUAAAGCUGGAGGAUUUAAUGACUUUGCAACUUUAGCUGUCAUCUUUGAACAGUGCAAAUCAAGUGGAGCUCCAGCUUCGUGGUGCCAAAAACAUUGGAUUCAUUGGAGAUGCUUAUUUUCUGCAUUUCGUGUUGAAGCUCAACUUCGAGAACUAAUCAGGAAGCUUAAACAGCAAAGUGAUUUCCCAAGAGAGACCUUUGAAGGCCCUAAACAUGAAGUACUACGAAGAUGUCUUUGUGCAGGCUAUUUCAAAAAUGUAGCUCGAAGAUCUGUUGGGAGAACGUUUUGCACAAUGGAUGGGCGUGGAAGCCCAGUUCACAUUCAUCCUUCCUCAGCACUUCAUGAACAAGAAACCAAACUCGAAUGGAUCAUUUUUCAUGAGGUAUUAGUUACCACCAAGGUCUACGCAAGAAUUGUGUGUCCAAUCCGUUACGAAUGGGUGAGAGACUUGUUACCCAAGUUGCAUGAAUUUAAUGCACAUGAUUUGAGCAGUGUGGCCCGACGUGAAGUGAGAGAAGAUGCAAGAAGGAGAUGGACAAAUAAGGAAAACGUAAAGCAUCUAAAGGAUGGAAUCUCAAAAGAAGUCCUAAAGAAAAUGCAGAGAAGAAAUGAUGAUAAAUCCAUAUCAGAUGCACGUGCUCGUUUUCUUGAGCGAAAGCAGCAAAGGUCCCAGGAUCACAGUGACACACGGAAGGAAACAGGCUAAGCAGUGAACCCUCCAAUUCAGGAAGUAGGAAAAGCGGCCAGGAAAUGUGCUUCUACUUUGCCAUUUAUAUCAGACAGCACUACCAAGAGGAAGUGGUCAGCAGCUGUUACUAGCAUACAAGCUAAAAGCAAAUCCAAGUUCAUCAAUACCAAUAAAUGAAAUUUUCAAAGAAAAGAUUGAAUUGCCAUUGUCAUAGACAAUGAUAUAUGAAACCAAUGAAAGACAAUACAUGUGAUAUUUUCCUCACUUCAGUUUUGCUGGCCUUAACUGGUAUCAGAUGCUGUCACUGAGAUAUUUUCAAAGAACAUUGAAUUGUAUUUAAUCAGCGUGUAUUCCAUUUGCAUUUGAAGCAUUAAAAAUUAUUUUCCUUAAAUCUCUUUAAGGCCUUCUUGUUGCUGUUAGAAUAGUAUUAUAUCAGGUUAUCAGGUAUGUGACCAUUUCCUUCAGAAGGCUGAAUAUAAGAGGUUUUUACUCAGCAAUACUUAGAUGUCUAACCGUUUAAUUGCUACAGAGCUUUAUAGAUAUUUAGAGAAAAGACUUAAUCAAUUAGUAAAUAAGAAAAUUGCCUAUGGCAAGUUUCUUUGUUGAAUUAAUAUUAAUCCUUAAAUUGAUUUUUCUGGGAUUAUACAAAUUCCUUUUUAUAUAAAAAUAUAUUGUUUAAAACAGUAGCUAUAGCCAUUAACCAAAGGACAGAUGAUAUAUAUAUAUGUUUUUUUUAGCUGUCCCUACAUACCUGUAUCAGCACCAUGUAUGUAGGUGUGACAGUGUUUCAAACAGCCCCUCCACCUGGCCUACUCUCUUGCCUCCAGCUGCUUGGGUAGGACCAUUUAAACAUCUGUUAUGCUGAUCUUGAGAUGGGAGUUUUUCAAAGCAGCCAACACCACAUCACCAGUGUUUCAAAUUGGAACCUUGAGGCUAGUUAAUAUCACACUCAGGCCACACUCAGCACUUGCCCACUCUGUUGUUUACUGCCUUGUAUUCUAGUUAUUUGUGUAUUUGUCUGUCUCCCCCACUAGAUUAUACGCUCCUUGUGGGCAGGGACUAUGUCUUUCUCAUCUUUGUAUUUUUCAUGGCACCUAGCACAGUGCUUUGCACAUAGUAGUCACUCAGUGUUUGUUAAAUAAAGCUAUUAGUGUCAUUAAAAUUCAAAA